AUGGCGGCCACUGAGGGUGUGGGAGAGGCUGCUCCCGGCCGCGACCCCGGCCCGCGGGGACAGCCGCCACCCCCGCCGCCCCCGCCGCCGCCCCAGCUGCAGCAGGAAGAAGAAAUGGCGGCCGAGGCCGGAGAAGCGGCGGCGUCCACUAUGGACGAAGGCUUCCUGAGCCUGGACUCGCCCACCUACGUCCUGUACAGAGACAGAGCAGAAUGGGCAGAUAUAGAUCCAGUGCCACAGAACGAUGGUCCCAAUCCAGUGGUUCAGAUCAUCUAUAGUGAAAAAUUUAGAGAUGUUUAUGAUUAUUUCCGAGCUGUUCUGCAGCGUGAUGAAAGAAGUGAACGAGCUUUUAAACUAACCCAGGAUGCUAUUGAGUUAAAUGCAGCCAAUUAUACAGUGUGGCAUUUUCGGAGAGUUCUCUUAAAGUCACUUCAAAAGGACCUACAUGAGGAAAUGAACUAUAUCACUGCAAUAAUUGAGGAACAACCCAAAAACUAUCAAGUUUGUGUGAAUACUUAUGCUGAAUUUAAACUUUGGGAGAAUGAGCUGCAGUAUGUAGAACAACUUCUCAAAGAGGAUGUGAGAAAUAACUCUGUCUGGAACCAAAGAUACUUUGUCAUUUCUAACACCACUGGCUACAAUGAUCGUGCUGUAUUGGAGAGAGAAGUCCAGUACACUCUGGAAAUGAUCAAACUAGUACCACAUAAUGAAAGUGCAUGGAACUAUUUGAAAGGGAUUUUGCAGGAUCGUGGUCUUUCCAAAUAUCCCAAUCUGUUAAAUCAACUACUUGAUUUACAACCAAGUCACAGUUCUCCCUACCUAAUUGCCUUUCUUGUGGAUGUCUAUGAAGACAUGCUGGAAGACCAGUGUGACAACAAGGAGGACAUUCUGAAUAAGGCACUGGAGUUAUGUGAAAUCCUAGCUAAAGAAAAGGACACUAUAAGAAAGGAAUAUUGGAGAUAUAUUGGAAGAUCUCUUCAAAGCAAACAUAGCACAGAAAGUGACCCAUCAACAGAUGUAUGGCAAUAACACCAUCCAGAAGAACUUGAUGGAAUGCUUUUAUUUUUUUAAGGGACUCAUGCAGGACUUUAAAACUAGAGUGAUCAUUCCCUUGGCCUGUGGUGUAAAACAUGCCUUGCACGGGUGUUGCUUUUUAACAAGAACUAAGUGUGAUGCUCCUUGAGUGCUGCUGCUAUUCUGACUAGCUCUAAGUAAUUUGAUUCUUUUAAAGCAAGGUAAUUGGAGGGGAGGGGGAAGAAAAAGUUCUAUAAAGAAAAUUUGUAGGGC